AUGACAACAACUACAUUGAGAGCCUUUGCACUUAUUGCAACUGCAAUACUUCUGGUUCAAUCAGCCAAAGGUGCAAACUUCAACGUCGGCGGCACCGCCGGAAACUGGGACCUGAGCACAAACCUGAAUGGGUGGGCAUCAGCUCAAACCUUCACCACAGGCGACACUCUAACAUUCAACUAUGACUCCAUGCACAGCGUACUGGAGGUUUCAAAGCCGGACUAUGAUGCAUGCCAGGUUAACAACCCCAUUGGAGAGUUCACCAACGGGAACACGUUGAUCAUGCUCAAGUUUCCGGGGAAGAGGUACUUCAUCUGUGGUACUGGAGGGCAUUGUAGUUCAGGGAUGAAAAUGGAGAUUGAUACAGUGGCUGCAGCAGUGGCAACACCACAGCCAGCUUCUUCUCCUGUGACUCCAAGCUCUCGACCUCCAAUGUCACCUCCUCAGCUUCCUAAGCCUCCAUCGGCGUUACCUUUGACUCCUUCCAAGGCUCAGUCACCGAAGCCUCAGGCUCAUGCACCGAGGACUCAUAUUGUUGCACCUUUGACAGCUCCAUCAAGCUCGCCAUCUGUAGCUGCUGAGCCUGAGCAGCCAGUGGCACCAUCAUCGCCAUCUUUGGCUCUACCUCCGUUUGGUUCGGCUCAAGCACCACAACCUUCGGUAGCUGAGAAUGUUGGCCGGAAUGCUAAGGUUGUGUUAGGCUUUGGGUUUGGAGUUUUGAUGCUCUCUGUUCUCUGAGAGUGAGAGAGAUGAGCUUAUUUAUUUUUCUG